AUGCACGCCUCACUUGCCACCCUUGCCUGGGCCGUCUUCUCGGCUUCCCAGGCCAUGGCCUCGUGCGCCCACGGCACUCACCUCCACCGCCGCCAAGAGGGCGCUGUCGAGGUGAACCAGUUCGGCUACACCGGCUUGAUUGUACGGCCCCUCAACUGGGUCGCCCUCGACACCGCCAACAUCCUCUGCGCCACCGGAACCCGCCAGUCCCCCAUCGACAUGACCCAGGGCCAGUUCCAGCUCGUGCCCGCCACCGCGCUCGGCGUCAACAUCCCCGACUUCGCCGCCGGCGCCGAGUUCGAGAAUCUCGGCACCACCGUCGAGGUCAUCGCCCAGGGCGGCGCCAUGGCCAUCAACGGCGUCGACUUCACCCUCCAGCAGUUCCACUUCCAUCUCCCCAGCGAGCACCUCGACAACGGUGUGAGCCGCGCCAUGGAGAUGCACAUGGUCUGGGAGUCCGCCCAGGGCCAGAUCGCCGUCAUCGGCGUCUACAUCGACGUCGAGAACUCGCGGGACGCCGCCGCCGUCGCCGCGCCCGCCAACGUCACCGCUGUCCCCGCUGCUGCCGAGAAGCGCUCCGCCAAGAUGAAUGCCAAGUACGCCCGCGAGGAGGCUCAUAUCGCUAAGCGUGCCACCACCGCCCUUCUCGAGACCGUCUUCUCCUCCCUCCCCGCCAUCACCCAGCCCGGUACCAAGACCACCACCCAGCCCCUCGUCAUGUCCGAGAUCGUUGACAUCAUCAACGCUGGUGAACUCCAAAACUACUCUGGCUCCCUCACCACUCCUCCCUGCAGCGAGGGUGUCACUUGGUUCGUCUCGACCCAGAGCCUCCAGGUCUCCGCCGCUACCUUUGGCGCCGUCCGCGACCCCAACCUUCUCGCCAUCAACGGCGCCAUGAUGGCCAGCCCCCAGGUCCAGCUUGCCGCCAUUCGCCAGUCUCUCGGCGGCCUUUCGGGGAUCUAA